CGUUUAAUCACACUUGUACCUUACACUCUCGAUAAUCAUAAUAAUGGCAAGAGAAACAGUCAUAAAAGACCCAACAUUUCGCACUUACACCCCCGCCCAAGCCACCUUCUACGCCCUCGCCCGCGCCUCUUCCUACCCCCCCUUCCUGUACAACACCAUCCUCACACACCAUUCAAACACAGGGGGUCAAUUCCACCGCCUCUUAGACGUCGGCUGUGGUCCCGGCAACGCGACCCGGGACCUGGCGCCGUCUUUCGAGGAUGCAGUUGGCGUUGAUCCGGGGCAGGCGAUGAUCGAGACUGCCAGAGCGUUGAGUAAAGAUGUGCGGACCGGCGCUGGGAGCGAGAUGAGGUUUGUUGUUGGCGCAGCGGAGGAGUGUGCUGCUGUUAUUGAUGAGGCAAGCGGCGGGGAAGAAACGGUGGACUUGGUGGUCUGCGCCAUGUCGGCGCAUUGGUUCUCCAUGCGGGGUUUCUGGGAGCAGAUGAGGACAACAGUCAAGAAAGGAGGGACCGUGGCGAUCUGGACUUGUGCGUCGCUCUAUUGCCAUCCUACCACGCCGAAUGCGACGGCCGUCCAGAGAGCGCUCUUCCAUCUCGAAGAUGUGGUGCUCGCGCCGUUUGCACUCCCGGAGAAUCGGCUGUCGAGGAACCUGUACGACAAUCCUCCUUUGCCCUGGAGUGUGAUUCCUCCUGUUGAGGGUUUCUCGGAAAGCCAAUUCACGAGGCUAGCGUGGAAUCGUGAUGGAGCGGUAGCGGAUGGCGAGGACUUUCUGGUGGGAAAGCCGCAGACACUGGAGGAGCUGGAAAGGAGUCUGGGGUCGGCGAGUAUGGUCACUCGUUGGAGAGAGGCUAAUCCUGACCUUGCUGAGACUGACAAAGAUUGUGUGAAGAUUGCAAUGGACGAAGUGGGAAAAGCGCUAGAGGACGGGGGAUGCGAUGCUAGUCAAAUUCUCAGAACAGGCGCGGCGGUAGCGUUGUUGUUGAUCAAGAAAGAUUAG